GUCCGACCAGUCAUCAUGAGCAGAAGGUCUGCUUCACCCAUGGAAAACCACCUUCCGGACGAGAUUUUGUCCGAGAUUCUGUCACCUGCCCUCAAAGUUCCGGACGAAAUGUUUGCGGACAACUGGUCUCGGCCAUCACCAUUCGCCACGUACACUGAAUCGACUUCGGCAUAUCUUGUCGUGUCCAAGUCAUGGCUACGUGUUGCGACGCCGCUGCUAUAUCACGUGGUGGUGCUCCGGAGUGCGGCGCAGGCAAAGGCGCUUGCACGCGCGUUGUUGAAGAAUAAAGAAUUGGGUCGCUUCAUCAAGAAACUGCGCGUCGAAGGCGGAUUUGGCGCGUCGAUGCAUCAAAUCCUUAGGCUUGCGCCUACUAUCACGGACAUUUUCCUCUCGCUCGAUAUCUACUGCACGGACAAUACCGACGGAUUGUGCAAAGGGCUUCCACUCAUCAACCCACGACGGCUCAUUCUGCAGCACGACAACUAUAGGCAAAAUCCGAACAAAUACUUUAACGGCCUCAAUGCUAAACUUAAAGAACUUUUUGGCUCGCAGUGGGAUCAAUUGAUCUCAAUUGCCUUACCCUCCAUGGGAUACCUCAACAAAAUUACGCCUUUGGUCAAAGCUCUCAACAAGCCCAAGCGCAUUGAAAUUCUCACCCUUUACAACUGUUUCUGUCUCAACAGCGCCAUCAAAAUGCUCGACAAGUGCCCUAUCCGUGAAAUCAAUCUCACAUCGCCCGUUCGGGACCGGGACAUCGACAGAUAUGUGGAAGACACCUCACUGAAGAGUAAGCUGAAGUAUUCACCCCUACCAAAUACCGGUGGACCUCUCGACCAGAAUCCGGGACUACCAGAUUCCCUUCCCUCCCUGAAUCCUUUUUUCGUUCCCAUGGUUGGUGUCUCAGCGGAGGUCAGCGAUAGUAUCUGGUCACGCAUCCUGCAAUUCUCGAUGUCCACUCAUCCGGGCUAUUCUCCUCCGUGGUCGAGAAAGAUGUCGCAUAAGCUCUCCCUCCUUCUCGUCUCCAAACAAUUUUAUCGCCUGGGCCUCCCCCACUUUUAUACUAGUGUUGUUUUGCGCUACGUUCGAGAGUAUGUGAGCUUUGCUGACGUCCUCACAUCACAUCCCUCGCUGGGCGCACAUGUCUCCUCCAUCUGCCCCAGACGCGACCACAGCAACAUCGACUACGCCUCCAUGUACGACUCGGACGACUCAGAGGACUCGGAAAUCUUCGAUAUGGCCCACAUAUUUUCUCGCCACGGGCCUGUUAGGGAGAAGCCCUCUGACGCAGCUAUUGCGACUGCACUGACUACGAUUUUCUCGCAAACCCCCAACCUUGUCAGUAUCCAGUCUCACUCUUCCACCGAACGGACAAUGUAUAUGGGUGGGGACAUCAUGCGCCUUGACUGGGCGACGUUUGCGACCAUCGCUGAAUGCUCGGGAUCCAAUCUUCAACAGAUUUCCAUCGCGGUCAACAACGAACCAGCAGAAGUUGGAAACGCAUUGGACAUAUUCGGAAAGUUGACGGCCGUGAAGAAACUGCGCUGGGACAGCACGAUCGUCUUGAACCCAACCGAAAAUGUGGCGGACUAUGCAGGUGUUCUGCCGCAGCUGGAGAAACUGGAAGUGGAGAUAGCGGAUCCCUCGUUCUUCCACCUACUUUCUCGGAUUCAGCCACCGAACUUGCGUUGUUUAGUUUUGCGCCCCGAACUUCGUUUGACCAGCUCAAAGCUUUUUACGCAAUUUAACUGGACAGAAAUCAGUUUAUCUGCACAGGCAGCCGGCGACCUCAAGAGCAGCGUUCUGGAUGUUUGCACAGACCUGGAGACCCUCACAAUCACGUGGCCGCGGUGGCUCUCUACACCCGAACCACCCAGCUUGACGAUAUUCGCCUCCGAGAAGCCUGCCAAGUCAUUGAAGAAGGUCGUUUUUGCAAGUGCGCCAGAUGCGUUUAGAUACGACAAGAAGCUCGUCCCUGAGUGGAGCACGUUCCUCGCCCAGCUACCUUUAGACUCUAUGCCGAAUCUGACUGAAAUAUCCAUGCCUGGAGUAGAAUGGCCGAUGACACAGCGCGAGAUCGCCAAGUGCGGCUGGAUCAACGCGGCAGAGACGCUCGUCAAGUCUGGUGUUCAGGUUGUAGAUGCGGCGGGCAAAAAGUGGAAGCCGCGGCUCAAAGUGCGGUGA